AUGAUCCUCCAUUCUUGUUUUACCCUGCGCUACCUCAAGCCUUCCUUCAGUCCGCUUCUUUCUUCCGUCUGUUACCUCCCACGGUUUCUCUUCAACCUUCAAUUGGCUGCCAUUACUUCUUCUCCAUUUUCUUUUAGCAAAGAGAAUCAGACGACCCAGGCAGAUUUGUCUUCUAUCGACUUGCGUGGUAUCGCUCAGUCUGUUUUAUUCAAAUCUUAUUUUUCUGAUGAUAAAUCCAGGGACUAUACUACUGCUUCUCUAAAAGACCUUCUUUUGGGGAUUUCUGAUGUAAUCCCAGAAAUCACUCGUCGAUUCUGGAGGGUGUCUGCGCUGCAACCCGAAAAUUUACUGGAAAUAUUAUUAGGUCUUCAGUCGGAGUCUCUCAAAGAUGAACUUCAGUUGGACAAGGUCAGAUGCUUGUGGGAAAUAUUCAAGCGGGUUGAUGAACAGAAUAGGGUAUCCAAGCAUCUUUCUAUGUCGUAUGAAGUCGUGGCUUCCUUGCUUAUUCAAGUCAGGUUACUUGAAGAAGCUGAGCACUUGCUCUCUACAUUGGAGGGUCGUGGAGUUUCAUUGGAUUGUCAUGAUGUUUACAGUAACUUAGUUGAAGGCUAUGCUGGCAUGAAAGAGCUAGAAAGAGCUCUUUCAAUAUACGACUGUAUUAAAAAACGAGGUAUGAUUUUUUCAAGGUCCUGUUAUUGUGCCUUCCUAAAUGCUUUGGUGCAAACGAAGAGAAAAAAACUUGCAUUUCGAAUUUCACUGGAUUUGGUGGAUUUGGGUCCACCAUUGAGUAUUGCCGAGAUGAAUACGUUGGAAGAUGUCAUGAAACUACUUUGCAGAAAUGGAAAUAUUCUCGAAGCUAGAACUCUGGUCAAGAAGGUCUUGCCUUACAAUUCUGAGAUGAGUAGCUCAGUUCUUGAUGAAAUUACUAUCGGCUAUUGUGAGAAGAGGGACUUUGAAGAUCUGCUUAGUUUCUUCAUUGAAGUAAAACGUACCCCGACUUUAAUGGCUGCCAAUAGAGUUCUGAAUUCUAUAUGCAUCUGCUAUGGCGCGGACAGAGCGGGAAUGUUUAUGCUAGAGCUGCAAAAUAUAGGUUUCAAUCCUGACGAAGCAACCUAUGGGAUUCUAAUUGGUUGGAAUUGUCAUGAAGGGGAGCUGAGAAAUGCACUGGGUUAUUUGUCAGAUUUGCUGUCAAAAAGCAUUUCACCGCUAAUAUAUACUUACAAUGCUCUUAUAAGUGGGUUGUUUAAGGUUGGAAUGUGGAAGCAUGCACGUGGCAUUCUUGAUGAGAUGAUGGAUAGGGGAACAAUACCUGACAUGUCAACUUUUAGGGUUCUCCUGGCAGGAUAUUGUAAGGCUAGAAAAUUUGAAGAAGCAAAAGGUUUGGUUUCAGAGAUGAAGAGCCGUAGCUUAAUUGAACUUUCUUGGUCUGAGGAUCCACUUUCUAAGGCAUUUCUCAUUUUGGGGCUGAAUCCGUUGACUGUGAGGUUGAAGCGAGACAAUGAUGUUAGACUCUCAGAAACAGAGUUCUUUGAUGAUAUUGGAAAUGGACUUUAUUUAGAUACAGACCUGGACCAGUAUGAGAACCACGUUAAUGGGGUUCUUGAAGAUUCCAAUGUACCUAAUUUCAACUCAUUCAUUAGGGAAGAAUGCAUCAACGGUAACCUAAAAAGUGCACUUCUUUUGGUAGAAGAAAUGCUUAGGUGGGGGCAAGAAUUGCUGUUGCCUGACUUUUCAGAGUUAGUGAGACGGCUUUGCUCAUCUAGGUCACAAAUCAAGUCAAUGACCCACCUUUUGGAGAAAAUGCCGCAGUUGGCCUGUAAACUGGACCAGGAAACACUCAAUUUGGUUGUUCAGGCCUACUGCAAGAAGGGCUUACUGAGCAACGCAAAGUUUAUCCUGGAGGAAAUGCUUCAAAGGAAACUUCGUGUCAAGAAUGAGACGUAUACUGCCCUGUUAAUGAGUUUAUGUAAAAAAGGAAACAUGAGGGACUUCCAUAAUUACUGGGAUGUUGCUCAAAAAGACAGCUGGUUACCAGCAUUUUACGUUUUUGAAGAUCUUCUUACUUAUAUCUGUCAUCAAAAAAUGAUUGGGAAGGCAUUGCAGCUUCUUGAAAUCAUGCUGCUAUCAUACCCUCACCAAAGGUCGGGUAUUUGUUACGCAUUCCUUGAAGUAGUCUGUGCUACUGGUUUUUCUGGCUUUGCCCUUGGGUUCUUAGAACAGCUACGGCCUUGGUUUGUCUUGGAUCAUGCUGGUUAUAAUCAUCUUAUUAGAGAUUUGUUUAAGGAGGGGAAGUUUGAUGUAGCCUUUUCCAUAUUAAAUGGUAUGCUGGAUAAAAAUUUGGCACCCUGUUUGGAUGUUUCUGUCUUGUUAAUCGAUCAGCUUUGCAAGGCUGGCUUACAUGACAAAGCUAUAGCAUUGAAAGAUAUUAUUUUGAAAGAGCACUCUGCAUUUUCUACUUCUUCUCAUUGUGCAUUGAUCCAUUGGUUUUAUAAUUCUGGGAACACUGAGAAAGCAGACACAUUAUUUCAGGAUAUUUUGUCGAAAGGACUAAUUCUGGAUUCUGAAGUGUGUAAUAUACUUAUUCAAGCGAGCUUCAAAGCUAAUGAUUUGAGAAAAGUUGGGGAAAUACUUGGGUUUACUAUAAGAAAAAACUUGGUAACCCUCUCAAGUUAUCGGAGUUUGGUGCGAAUGAUGUGUGUGACCGGCAGAGUCCCAGAUGCCCUAAGCUUGAAGAACCUUAUGCUUGAACAAGGUACAUCUGAUGGCCUUGUAUUAUAUAACAUACUUAUAUUCUAUCUUUUGUCAUCUCGAAACAAUUCUCUUGUUAAUAAGAUACUAGAUGAAAUGGACGAGAAGAAAGUUGUACCCAAUGAAGUCACCUAUAAUUUUCUUGUCUACGGAUUCUUGCAUUGUAAAGAUACUUUCAGAUCCUUGCAUUAUUUAACUACUAUGAUUGAGAAGGAACUCAAACCUAGCAGCCGCAGCAUGAGGUUUGUUAUAAGUAGCCUGUGCAAUAUUGGGGAACUGCAAAAGGCCCUGGAAUUUAGUCAAGAAAUGGAAUCAAGGGGAUGGAGUCAUGGUUCAGUCAUUCAAAAUGCAAUAACUGAAGGCCUUCUUUCUCAUGGUAAGAUACAGGAAGCAGAAAAUUUUGUGGACAGGAUGCAGGAGGGGCUUUUAACCCCAGAGAAUAUCAAUUACGAUAAUCUGGUUAAGCAAUUUUGCCAGCAUGGAAGAUUGGACAAAGCGGUUCACCUUAUGAACAUCAUGCUGAAGAAACAUAACGUUCCAACCUCCAGCAGUUAUGACUCUGUAAUUUGUGGAUUCUGUGCACAAAAUAAAUUGGACAGAGCUUUGGAUUUAUAUUCUGAGAUGUUUGUCCAUGAUCUCAAACCAAAAAUCAAAACGCAGGAAAUGCUUUUCCAUUGCUUCUGCCAACAUGGAAGAACAGAAGAAGCAGAACGGUUCCUAAUGGACAUGAUUGAGAAUGGUGAAACUCCAACGAGAGAAAUGUUCUGCUCUGCAAUCAACACUCUCCGCAUGGAAAAGAAUCUUAAGAAGGCAUCAGAGAUGAUGCAGGCCAUGCAGCAAGUUGGUUAUGACCCUGACUUUGAGACACACUGGUCUUUGAUAAGCAACUUAAGUGAUGACAAAGCAAAGCACACUGAUAAUAGAAGCAAGAGAUUUUUGUCAAGGCUUCUUUCUGAAAGUGGCUUUUCUCUGAAGAGACGAUUCAGAACCUAG